AUGCCUCGCUUUUACAUGAAUCCUCGCUGCGGACACGGCUGGGAUGUGUCUGCACCCUGGGUUAGGUACCACAGCUCCAGGAUGGACCCUGGCUUUCAUAGUCUUGUCGUCGUUAAUGAUAUUGCUCCUCUUCCUCCUCCCACUCCCCCAGACCCUCUGCGUCUGUGGUGGGUGAUCCUAGCACUCCAUAGUGGCGGCGAUGAUGGUGGUGCCGUUGAUGUUCUGUAG